AAAGUAUUCCUCUUCCUCUCUUUUACACUCAGCAUCGAUAACUUUUCACUGUACGGUUCCACAGGUGGUUUCUAGGCCAAUCCACUUCCAUAGGACCCUGCUGCAGCAGCUGUGUGUCUGAAAACACCCAAAGAUCUAGCAUGCACUUACUAGCGAGAGGAAAUUACCUUGCUUGCGAAGCGGUAAUGUUCGCUGGGAACUGAGCGUGGCCCACGCAAACAACCUCACUGUCAAUGCACAAGUGAGGAGGGAGGGUGAAUGCAGAGAGUUUGCAAAAUCCCCCUCGGUCGCAGCAGAAUCGAAACCUUCACUGCAAAAGGGCCGAAGUGUCAACAGUGAAACCAAAGCGCCAGGGAAGGCGCGUCUGCCUCUGUCAGCAAAAGCGCCUGGAGCCAGGGAUCAACCUGCGGGCUGUGUUCCCAGGGAGCGCCCUGCUUUGAGAGGCAGAUGCGACCGGGGCAAGCGGCGAUCCGGGCUGCCAGGAGCGCCGGGGCUGGGGCGUGAGGAGAGGGAGACGUUUGCGGGCUGCAGCGGAUCAAAGUGGAGGCUCCCCGGUCAACUAGGGGAGAGACCGCGACUGGGGCUGCGAAAACCACUCUAGGGGACAGACCAGUAGGAGCACCGGCAACACUGUCAGCCGUGUGUGUGUGUGUGUGUGUGUGUGUGUCCUGCUAGCAGCCCAUUGGCUGGGGGCUGCCUGAUGUCACGGCUGGGUGUUCCUAUAAGCUCCCCAACACAUAACGGGCUCAGGACACUUGUAGACAGGACUCCUGGCAGGGCAGGAGCUGCCCAGGCUGCAGCUGCAGAAGGGAAGGGAGGAGGCUAAGAGGGGAACAAACAAAUGCAAAUUCCUAGCCACCAAACAAUCUGUCAACAAGUCUAACUGCAAGAGGCCCCCAGCCCGGCCAAGCCACCGCCGGCAUUUCUCGGGGGGCUGCCAAGCUUGGAUCUCCUACAGCGCGCGUGUGACUGCUCCAGGGCACCAGCCAGGCGCACCGAGCGUGGGAGACAGCUGGCGUGGAAAGAGCGCGAGCGGAGCGCCGGCCCUGCGCAGUGGGCAUCGGACUUCGGACCGUCCCAGACUUGCCUGCCAAGAGCCCCAGCGCUGUGCAGCGGGGGAUCGGACCCGGGGCUGCCCGAGGCUUGCAUGUCAGCAGGGAGCAGAGCGCAGAACGUGCGCUGCUGCGGGUAGGAAGCCAUGGGAUCGGUGAGUCCCACCAGCCCGGUGCUUGCUACGGUCAAUGUGAGCAGCAGCAAGGAGCCGAGCAGUUCCAACCUGUCGCAAGACGUCUGGAUGGUGGGCAUGGGCAUCCUGAUGUCUGUGAUCGUGCUGGUCAUCGUCUUUGGCAACGUCCUGGUGAUCACCGCCAUCGCCAAGUUCCAGCGGCUGCAGACCGUCACCAACUACUUCAUCACUUCCCUGGCGUGCGCCGACCUGGUGAUGGGGCUGACCGUGGUCCCCUUCGGAGCCAGCCACAUCAUCCUGAAGCAGUGGAUGUUUGGGAACUUCUGGUGCGAGUUCUGGACCUCCUUAGAUGUGCUGUGCGUCACGGCCAGCAUCGAGACCCUCUGCGUCAUUGCCGUGGACAGGUAUUUCGCCAUCACCUCCCCCUUCAAGUAUCAGAGCCUGCUGACCAAAAGCAAAGCCAGGAUUGUCAUCCUCGUGGUCUGGGUGGUGUCUGUUUUGACCUCCUUCUUGCCUAUCCAGAUGCACUGGUACAGAGCAGAUGGCCCGGACGCCAAACUCUGUUACAAAAACGACACUUGCUGUGACUUCUUCACCAACCAGGCCUAUGCCAUCACUUCUUCCAUCAUCUCCUUCUACUUGCCUUUGGUGGUCAUGGUCUUCGUCUAUGCCAGGGUCUUCCAGGUAGCUAAGAAGCAGCUGAAGAAGAUAGACAAAUGUGAAAGGAGGUUUCAUAACCAGAACAACAACCAGCAGGAGCAGAACGGGAGAGCAAGUCACAGGAGGACCUCCAAAUUUUGCUUGAAGGAACACAAAGCCCUGAAAACCUUGGGGAUCAUCAUGGGCACCUUCACUUUGUGCUGGCUGCCCUUCUUCAUAGUCAACAUCGUGCACGUGAUACAGGACAAGAUUAUCCCCACUAACCUGUACAUCCUCCUGAACUGGUUGGGAUAUAUCAACUCCGGCUUCAACCCCCUUAUUUACUGCAGAAGCCCGGACUUCAGGUAUGCUUUCCAGGAGCUCCUGUGCCUCCGGCGAUCUGUCCUGAAGAUGCACGCCAAUGGAUUUUCCAACAGCAACGGGAAAAGUGACUUCAACGAGGAGGACGAUGGAUAUCAGUUGGAACAAGACAAAACGUGUGAAUUGCUGUGUGAAGGAGCGGGGCCACCUGCCAGUGAGGACUUAUUGCACUGUAAAGGUACUGUGCUGAACGGUUGCAUUGAGUCCCAGAGCAUCAAUCAUAGCACACACGAUUCCAUAUUGUAGAGAGAGGAGCCUUUACAAAAACAAAACAAAACACCAGACCCACACACACAAAAACAAACAAACAAAAAACAGUCUAAUGAAAAAGGCACCUAUAAUGUAGUAGCUGCAAGAGAACUAGCAACCUUCAUACAAAUAUGUGGGAAUGCCCCCUUCGGGGAGGGAGGGGGUUGUUUAUUUGUAGGAUGUACAAAAUCCUCUGGCAAGUACAUAUUUAUAUACACCGAGGGUUAUUUUAAGACUGUGGAUGAGGUUCAUCCCAUGAAGACUUGAUGACUAUUGUGGUGUGCUUGUUACUGUGUUUAUCUACCUCAUAGAUCUAGUAAUAAUAAGCACGUAACUGCUGCCCUCAAGCCUAGGUGGACUCCUGUCUCUUUGGUGACUGGGCUGUCUCCCAUCAGAGGAGAAGAUGAUAGGCCUGUCUAUGGAGCCUUUACUUCAGGGACGAGUCAGGGUUCGAUUUCCCAUCGUUUGAGGAAUCAAGGCUGGAGUUUACUUCUUUGUGCAGUGAAUAUUGGUGUAAGGAUGACCUCACUGCACCUGUUUGUCCAAAGUCCUGUCCAUUGUAUAAAAGUAUGGUGACAACUUUAAAUGGCUUCACACUCAGUUCUGCUAGGAAUGGCUCAUCUCCCCCGCACCAAAUCCCCAUUAAUCCCAGUUCAGCUGGUCAGGCUUCAUGUCAGUACAGUAAACAUACCUUUCAACUGCCCUUCCUUUGAGAGCUAUGCUUCCUUUCCACCCACACAAAUAUGAUGGUCCCAUUUUCAUUACUGCGCAUUAUUUAAAUCCCAAAACCUUGGCUGUGAAAGGAAUGGGCAAUGUCCGCUUAUGCUAAAGAAACCAGCCCCUUUCCCCAUUAUUAGACGCUUCCUACGCUAGCAGUGCCCUUCACUUGGGAUCUUUGUUCCCUCUUGGCAUCUGGAGAGGUCUGAGCCUAAAUGCCAGAGGAAUUAAUGAGGAUUAAGCCCAUAAUUAUAAAAUUGUUAGCACUGGGUUUCUGCAGUUGACAUCAUCCAAAAGCAGGGAGCUGGGGAGCUCAGCGGGGGCUGUAACACGAUAACUAGCACUUCCCUUCUGGUCACUCUGAGCCUGAUUCCCCGGCCACCACCCGUGGCUGAGCUCGCAUUGAUAGGAAAAGUGGACGGGUCGGUCAGAGCGGCGCUCUGCUGGUUCCAACAGGUUUCAGCUCAGCGAGUAGCCCGUGAGCAGCAGCUCGUUCCGUUUACAGAGGGACUCUAAAGACAUUUCAACGCCACUUCAGUGGCAAUCUUCGCAAUAGAGGCGCUUUCCCCUUUUCUAUGUUGGUCUCAAUGGCCUCAGAGGUCCGAGUGUGGAGUAGGCUAGGACACGCAGUGGGGGCUCUUAGGCAAUGACCUGCUGAAUAAAGGGUGGUUUGAUCCGGGUCAUUAUAUCCUGUAUUCUUUGUUAAGCACUCAGUGUGCUCGGAGCUGUACCCCUCCGGUCGGAGCGAGCUUAGGCUCCGAAUCGUGGGUUUUGGGGGUCACUGAGCGAAUUGAUCUGGGCAGUAUUUUCCCCUCCUGAAAUUUCCCCUUUUAGUCUUCCCAUUUUUCAACGGUGGUUACACCUCGGCACUAGUCCCAGCGCUAGUGGGGUCAUGGGGCCGGCAGUCUGCCCUUUAUAGGGCUCUUAUAAAGCAUUUUGUGUAAUCUCUGAAUAAGUGUCCCCCAUCUCAUGAGGGCCAGGAACACGGAAUCCUGACCCAGGCCACCCCAGGCUGUUAUACAGCGAAAUCCCCCCUCGACAUCCAGUAAACCAGCUCUUAAACAGGAAUUCUCUUGUACAAAACAAAACAAUCAAAUGAAACGCGGUCAAAACAUGAAUCAAUUUUAGCCUCAGAUGGAGGGUAUGGGGAAAAACCCUGCUUAUGGAAAAGUCCCCUGGAAUUGUACAGGGGUGAACCCAACGAAGUUCUGUGGGGUUCUUUUAAAAUUACCAUCAAACCUUUAGAUUUUUUAAGGAAAUGAGAUAAUUUCUGUAGGGAUUUAGAAGCGCUCUAUAGAAUUCUAUACAAGAGAGAUUAAAUUUGGUAGGAUGAUCUAAAGAAACAAAAGAAUGUUCUGUAUUCAAUUCUAUAGGACUUUUUCAUUAAAAAAAAGCUGGGGGAAUUUGGGAGAAUGUAGAAGACUAUGGUUGUAAAUUUCACUGAGAAGGUAGCUGGAAAGUUGUCCUGUGUGCUGCUAAAAAUCACAGAAAAUUCCUCUAGCUAAAGGUUUUCCCAAUCUUUAAAAUAAAAUAAUAAGGUGUAUUUAAUUCAGAGAGCGUUUGGUCUCAGGAGACAGUGGAUAUGGAAGGUUAGGUCAGUCCUUGUUUUUGUGGCUCCGUUGUAUUUGUUUAUUAGCUUUCCCUCUUGGCGGGUUUUACAUUUUGUUCCUGGCUUGCAAAACUUGCUUCAUGCUAGCUGCAAGCUCCCCGGGGCUGUCAGCUGGGAAGCUAAUACUCAGACACAAGUGGACAGGUGCGGGCGGGGAGGAGUACAGAGACCUGUGGGGGAGCGAAAGGGGACUGUUACUCUUCAGCAGAGCAGCGGCUCUGCCAUUGCCUCUCGAUACAGGAAGCAGUGAUCAGAAAACGGGACUCUUCCUUUAGGCUUAGGUAGACAUUUUUUUUAAAGGGUGCGGCAUGACUGCAAAGAGGAUGUGAAAGAGAAGAGUCCUUUCAAAACACGUGAAAAAGAGUGAGGUGAGGGAAGGUCACACACUGGGUCCCUUACAAGGCAGUGACACGUUUUAACAUUCCAAUCUGUUCUAUGUAUUUAUAUGCCAGAUCCCUCAACACAGUGUCUGAAUGCUUAAUAUCUUGGUAUGUUUCUGUUUUGCUGCUUUGUUAUUGCAUUCUGUGAAUACAGGCGUGCUGUCUUAGGGAACUGCUGAGCUUUGACUAAUUUGCUUGAAAUAGCGUUUGGUCAAUCUUGGAGUCAUGCAUGAGUUAGGCGACUAAGAACGUUUUGACCUGUGCCCUAGGAUUCCAACAAGGAGUUUCCUGGAAUAGCAUCUUAGCGGGAAGAAAUAUCAGAGAAAACAAAACAGAAAAACAAAUACAAAGAUUAGUGGUGUUUUCAAAUGGUGAGUUGCUCCCAAACUCAGCAUUUAUUGCACCACACACCAACGCCUUUGCCAUGAAAAAACUCUCCACCAAGGAUAUUGUCACUGUAAUUGGUAAAAAGAACAGGAGUACUUGUGGCACCUUAGAGACUAACAAAUGU